CCCAACGUCAGACAACUUUGACGCUGGGCGAGACAGUGCCACGUACGUUCACUUGCGACUUGCAGCAGCUUCGGUUGUAGUUUCCAUUUGCCAGGGAGAGGAGGAUCACCUACUGUUGGGAUCAGAAAUGUUCGACUCAAAGAUUAAGGUGCCCAAGUACGACUCGGAGGCGUUCGACAAUGUCGAGUACGAGCUCCAGAUGACGUACACCUUGGAGACGGAUCGCCGCAUCAUGAGCUUCUACGAUGCCAUGUGGGGCAUGGAGGUGUCGGGCGGCUACGACCAGUUCGAGCCGCUCACCAUCAUCAAUGUGUCGCCCACGGGGCUGGCCAAGCGCGGCGGCAUGCGUGUCGGCGAUGAGAUCACGCAGAUCAACGAUGUCCCAGCUCUGGAUUUGACCUUUAACGAGGCCCUCGACCUCUUCCGCAAGUCCUCGCGCUACGUUCGCGUCUAUGUGCGUGGCGAUGACGAUGCUCCUGGCGAGGAGGACUGGACCUGCGACUGCUGGUUCAAGCCCAGGAAGCCAUGGAGGCGCGACUUCACGCCCAUCGUGUGGACCUUCCCCUGGAACGAUCGCCGCAAGCCGGUCUACAAGGAGUCCAACUGCUUCAUGGUGCCCAGCAAAAUGGAGGAGAAGAUUCGCCUGCGCCGUGCGGCCACCUCUGCCGUACACAAGAAGGAGGACGCACCACCGCACACCCGCUCGCUGACGCCGACGCCCAGGCCCAAGAACCAGCCCGGUCCAAAUCUGCUCGAGAGCGUCCUGCGACCACGUGGCCCGCCGCCAAGGGACUAGAUGUGCGGCAACCUACAAUAAGUUGGCUUAAUUAUGAAAUUUUAAUGUGCAGGCAGCGCUGAAUCCGCUGCAGUGCCUUCUGGAUCCCCAGGAUCCUUUACUCACACGUUGUCUACCUCAGCGUGGCAGCCAGUUGCCUCCUGCCGAGCGCAGCUGGAGUGCCGCGCCAAGGCUUGCGGGCUUGAGGAUUUCCAAGAGUGUUCGCGAAGGAACACUGUCGAAAUCCUGCCGAGAAUCAAGCUGUUACUUAAGUGCAUAGCAAAUAAACUCGAUUCGAUACGUA